AUUACCUUUAAAACUAAAGGAGGAGGAGAGGAUAUAUCAAGCUAGUAGAGAGAAAGAGAUAAGCAGUUAAUAUCCAUCCAAUUCAUGGACUCGAAUGAAAGAUCCGAAGAGAGAAAUAAGACUCAUUCACCGCCACACGAAGAGAUUAAACUCAGCACCGGUAACAACAACAACAGCAGCAGCAGCAGCAGCAUGAAGCUCCGCGACUACAUCCCCAUCUACGUCCCAACGGUCGAGAAAGCGCUUCUGCACCGCACCCCCGAUAGGGAGAAGCGGCUUCUCGACUUCCUGAAAGCGCGGCCCUCCAAGGACUGGUUCCUCAACUUCGGCUUCAUGACAAAGCGGCACGGGAGCCGAAAAAGCGCCACCGCCGCCGCCGUCGACGGCUCCUCCCCGCCGCGCUUCCGCGUGCCGUUCGUCCGCAAAGUCGACUGGAAAGCGCUUUUCGACUACUGCAAGAGCUGGGCCAAGAAGCCCCUCAACAUUGCCCUCCUCGUUUGGCUCUUCUUCGUCGCAAUAGGUGUGCUAUUACUCUUCCUCUUAAUGACGGGUUCGUUAAACGGUGCAAUCCGCAAAAGCUCGGAGCGGAAACGGUGGACCGAGACCACGAACCAAAUCCUCAACGCCCUCUUCACGAUCAUGUGCCUCUACCAACACCCGCUGAUCACGCACCACCUGAUCCUCAUCCUGCGGUGGAGAUCGUCCGACGCGGCCGAGCUCCGCAAGACCUACUGCAAGAACCCCGCGUGUGGACCCUACGAGCGCGCGCAUAUAUUUUUCGUGGUGUCGCUUUUCCACCUCACGUGCUUCUCCCAGUACGCGUAUUGCGCCCUCUUUUGGGCCUACACGAGCAAAAACCGGCCCGAUUGGGCCGUAUAUCUCUUCAUGGGCCUGGGCCUCGCCGCGCCGAUCGUAGCGGCCCUCUACAUGAUUUAUGGGCCUCUGGGUAAAAAACGCGGACACGUGGCGACCGUUGAGUCGCCGGAGCCGCACAACGAGUCAGGGACUAAUUUGCAAAAAGUCUAUAGUGGAAGGGUCGUUGUGACAAAACCGGUCUGGGUUGGCGGGUUAUUUGAUUGCUGGGAUGAUCUCACUGUGGCCUCUCUCUCAUUUUUUUGCACAUUUUGUGUGUUUGGGUGGAACAUGGAGCGGCUCGGAUUCGGUAACAUGUACGUGCAUAUAUUUACAUUUAUGUUCCUCUGCAUUGCUCCUUUUUGGGUUUUUAACGUGGCGGCGCUGAGCAUAAAUGAUGAGGUCGUUAGGUAUAUAGUGGGGGUAAUAGGGAUUGUUUUGUGCUUCCUCGGGGUUUUGUACGGCGGCUUCUGGCGAGUACGAAUGAGGAAGAGGUUCAAACUCCCCGAGAGUCGGUUUUGCUGCGGCAGUGCUGCGGUGAGUGAUGUUGCGCGGUGGUUGUUCUGCUGGUCGUGCUCGUUGGCGCAAGAGGUGAGGACGGGGAAUUUUUACGACGUGGAGGGAGGUAGUUUUUGUGAAAGGGGGACCGAGGAGGGGGUGCAAGGGUUGGAGCCGUUGGAGAGAGAAGGUAGCUCGGGCCCGUCGGAGAAAUCGAGCCCUCCGACUUGGAGCGAGCGGUUGGCGAUUGUCGUCGUCGACGGAGAGGGCGAUCGAGGCGAGAAUUUGGUGAUCGCCGUCGACGGAGAGGGCGAUCAAGGCGAGAAUCGGCACAGGAUGAGUCCACCUGGUACUAUGCUAAUUCAAUCAGGUAGAUGAUGCCAUGCAUGAUGGUGAAAAAUUGAACAACCAAAGUUACAUGAUCUUAUAAUCGUGCAAUG